AUGGAUGAACUCAAUGAAAGAGCUGAUGGUUUUGUGCACUUGGAAGAAGAAGAAGCAGCCAACGCUCGGAAAACGUCCAUCAUAUCAACCGAAGAGAAAACCAAAGCAGAGAUCAAGCAAAAACAGGCUCAGUCACAGCAUAAGUUCCAUCCACCCCUGCCAAUUCGGCAACCCCUCGAACAGAGGGAUCAGACUAAACACUGUGUUUUCUAUAGCGAUUUUGGUCACCAGACUAACGAAUGUAGGAACUUAAGGAGGCAGGUGGAGAUGCUGAUAGCCAGAGGGGAGUUUGUAAGUUAUAUCCAAGGACCGGCGGCAGAACAGAACCGACCGAUUGAGCAAGUAAAGAGGAACCAAAAGUCAAACUCCCAUAGCGCGCAACCAGUUCGGAUCAUAAAUGUAAUUUAUGGUCGGCCUGAACCUAGCGAGGAGUCAGACGAGCUACUCCGAACAUUCCUCCGCCAAGCGCAGAUGAAGAGGAGGAUAAGUAGUGUAAACGCUCUACACCAACAAAAUACGUCAACACAAAUAAAGUUUGACAAAACUGACCUGUUCCGCGUUCAGAUUCCUCACGAGGAUCCACUAGUCGUCAGUUUGACAGUGGUAGAAUACCUGGUACGAAUAGUUCUGAUUGAUCCUGGAAGCAGCGCGAAUGUUAUGCAGAGGGACACGUUCGAUCGGCUCGAAAUCAAGCCAGAGAAGCUCAAGCCUACCGGAAAUUCCUUGCUAGGGUUUGAUGGAAAAUGA